AUGCCAAUAUCCCGGGUCCGAGCGGCAUUACUAGCUAGGAUAACAUGCGGUCGUAUCUGUCUCAAAGACAACGGAUUGUCUUACGGUAUGGUCAAAAUACACCGCACAUCUGCCGUCCUAUUCCCCGUAUUUACAGAUACCCGGGACAAUGGAGAACCGUGGAAUUUUAUACCCUCAGCGUGGUCCACAUUUACUCUUCCGACCAACAUUCAAAAACGUUUAUAUAAAUUCCUGCUGCGCAAGGCGAUCGGCCAAUUCCUUGCCAGUGACUUGGAUCUCGAAAACUUUGACAUUGAAUUAGUUAAUGGCUCAGUUGAGUUGCGAGAUCUUUCCCUGAAUUUGGAGCGACUUAACGAAUGGAUAGCGGACACACCAUUUAUGUUGGAACAAGGUCGUGUUGGAAGUAUUAGUGCUUCUUUGCCAUGGUCAAACUUUUGGAAUGGCGAUAUUGCUCUCAAGGUACAAGGGCUGGAUUUGACGCUGCGACCAACGAAGCCUACGAGAAGAACCCGCGCACAAGAGGAUGAUGACUCGCCCAUUAUGUCAUCUUCGUUGCACUUUGCUGACGACUUUUUGCGGACGGAAAUGGAGGACCAAGAGUUGAUGGAUUCGAUACAGCAAUCCAUCCACGAGUCGACUUCCGCUGAUGCUGAUUUUGGAACUGAGGGACUCCAAGUCUUGACACGGAUUAUUGACAAAAUGCUAGCAAAGGUCAAAAUAGACGUAGUAAAUACGACGAUUCGCAUUCUCCAUAAGCCGCCAACGACAAAUUCUGAUGAAGAAUACUCUAUUGAUCUGCAUAUACCCCGGAUUUCAUAUUUUGACGAAACACCUGAAUUCAACGCAAGGCAAACGUCUACCCAGCCCCCUCUUGUUGAAUCGAGCGUUUUCCUUUCACCUGACGCCAAUGAAACGAUUAAAAUCAUUGCUAUAGCAUCGCCCACAAUAUGGCUACGCUCAAACCGCUCAUCCCUCUAUUCAGUCCCGUCAAAGAGUGAAACAACGCUUCAGAAGAAUGAAAGUAACGAUGACGAAAGCGACUUGGAUCAAACAGAAUUCUACGAGGCGAAUGAAGGCGAGGGAUCAUUCUUUUACGGAAACCAAUCUAUUCAUUCUAGCAAUAUGAGUGGAUCGACGACACCGCGUGCUUUUCCACGUCGAGAAACCCGUGCUUCAAUGUCAACAACCUAUUCCGGUGGAGCCAGCAAGCCUUAUGAGGCUCUUUUGCUUACAACUAUGGAUAAAGAGAACUGGAUUCGAAUCAAGCUGCGGCCUUCAUUUCCUUUCAACGCACCACAAUCGACGGACGCUCCAGUAAUAAAGCAGAUUGACUUUCUGUGCACACAUAUCUGUACCUAUAUCACCCCGUGGCAAGCAGCAUUCUUGGUGGACCUUUUGAAAAAGAUGAGCGAUGUAUCACUUGAUCCAGGACCAUCGGAAAAGCCAUCGUCACCGGAAGGGCCACUCGAUCUUCUUGCAGACUUACAGCAACUGGAUCGCAAAACGCCCUUAGAGAACGAAGACCCACACAUGUCAUCACGGCCAAUCGCAGCAUCUUCAGCAUUUCCUUUACAAUCUGCAGCGUCUACAGCGUCUACAGCAGCACCCCAGCUUAAAAUUAAGCUGCAAAUUAGUACAAUCGAUUGCUACUUUCUGUAUGCUGAUGGUUACGAGCCAACAACAACACAUGGUAAUGGAUUCAAAGAUGUCAGUCAUCUCAAAUUGUCCAUUUCUCAGGUAAUCAUGCGACAUCAGCAGUUCCACCGUGAAACUACAAAACGGGACAUUUCCAUACGGCACACCCCUCCUCGGGAAGGCACAAGCCCUCUACCAUCUGGAUCCCCGACCGUCAACUCGUCUCCAUUAUCAAUACUCGACAUACGAGUAACUGGCUUUUCAAUAAGCGAGUGGAUCAAGCGACCUGAUUGUGCAAAAUUUUACAAGGAGUUACCCAGACGCAUACGGCAGACGCAGUACGGCAUGUACAACCCCAUCUUUGAGUUCGACGAAAGCAUACGAAAUGACUAUCUGCACGAGACCGAGUUUCCGAGUGUGAAGCAACAGAGGAGUAAAAACAAAUCCAAUAAAGGUGAAGCAAUUCGUUUACGCGUGGAAAAGAAACAGGGGCAUGAAGUUAGCAGAUUCGUAAACGCAUCAACGUUGGAUGAGGAAAGCAGCAUGGAUCUCCAACCAUUCACACUACAUAUUGAUGCGCAGAUUGUCGACCGUCUUGAGAACUAUGUCUGCGCUCUUAUGGAUGUUUCCUCUACAUGGACCUCGAAUGAACAGGUGGAUACAAGUGCGAUAGAUAACACUUUAAGCCAAAGAGUAUAUGAAGAUUUGGAUCGAGCUUCGGUGGAACACCAGCAUCGCAAAAAGCUACGCGUAAAAUGUGCUUUUAUUCGCAUACUGCUCUUUAUUCCGGAUAUGAGCCAAGUGUGUGUACGGGAUGAGUUUAACGACUUGCAACAUGCAGAUACAUUGAGUGUGGAUAUCAAACGGCUUGUGCUCAAUUGGAAUUCGGAGGUGGGCGAUAGUGACGUUGAUGCAGGAUCUGUACAUUCGCGCUAUCCGCGUACUGCUCGAGCGGAGACGCCGACGAAACUCCACGUGGAUUGCAGUUUUAUCAAUGUUUUCUUACAGCUUGCAGACGACAACGCAGCCCAAUGUUGGUUUACCUCCAAAACAGUUGUACCUUCAGGAUACACACCCGGUAUACCUUUUACAUCGUCUCAAUCUAUGCAAAGUCCAAGCUUUGAAAUAACAUUGCGACCGUCAGCAAGCUCUAUUGGAGCCAAUCCUGCUUCUGCAGCCAAACCAAGUUUCUUUGGAGCUGGAUCGGAUAUUCCAAACAACAUCUUUGAGUAUCUAUGCAAAAACGAAUCGCUCCCUCUAUCGCAGAAGCAAAAAUUACCAAUGGAAGAUCAAGCAGAAUCAUCGAUGAUAUUUAAACAACGUACAAUUGAAACCUCACUUGCUGUAGUGAACUGCCAUUUCCCUGUAACGCGGCUCAAUUUGACCAAGGAAGUGUGGGAUGUUUUCCAAAUAUUACAAAACGACUUAAUCUUGUGGCAACCGAGAUUUAUGCGUCGAUUAUUUCCAACCGAAGAUAUCAAAGAAAGCAACGAUGAUACCGAACGUGCAUCUGCGUCAAUAAUGAGCGACAUCUAUGAAAGCGCAAAUUCAUAUUCUGGUGAUCCUCGCUUUACCGAAACUGAUUCUGUGCAGGCCUCCAGUGUUCUUAGCCAAAGCCAUGAAAGACUGGGUCAGAGCACAAAUUCUCCGAGUUUACUUUCGCUAGUUGUGGUGAUGAGUGAUGCUAUCUGGGAUCUUCACCAUAUAUCCAAGGAGGACUCUGUCAAGACAACCUAUCGGCUGCACAUGUCUGAAUUUCGAUACUUUACAGUAGUAAAGCAUCUCGGUUUGAAUGAAAAUAUUACAACCUUGGACAUUGAUCAGCUGGCUCUCGAUCGAACAGCGCCGACUGCGAUGCCUAUAAUUUGCAAGUCAAUACCAAAAAAGUUGAAUGCAAAACGCAACACGUCAGUAGUUUCUCUAGUUGCGAAAUUGGUGCCGAUGCCAGGGCUGAAUAAGCAGAACAAGAUCACCAGUGUUGUGGCUUGUAAUAUUUGCUGGCUGUUUGGCAUGGAAUUAAGCGUUGUCGACCACUUGGCUGGAUUCCAAGGCAUUCCUGAAGAUAUGGUCUUUAUCGAUCCCGCUACGCAAUACAAUAAGAUAUACGCUCACGUAUUCGACAUUUCAGUGGAUUAUAAACCGCUACAUAUUCCAUCACGAGCAGUAAUCGUUCUUAAUGAUGCUCAGGUUACAACAGAUAUUAUAUCAGGAGGACAGCCUAUAUUCGACGUUAAAAUGUGCGUGCAGAGCCUGAACGUAUAUCUUAUGGAUGAUGCUACUCAUGUCGGCCAAAAUCAUAUCGAGCAAGUAAUAGCACAGCUAGCAAAACGAUCCGUGGAUGCAAAUACAUACUGGUGUGCACUGGGCUUUAUUUGUACCCUCACUAUAUCCGAAUUUGAAGCUGGAGUCAAGAUUAAAUUGGAUGAACUUGUGACGGCACCGAACGUCGAUAUUGCUAUUCUCAACAACGUUGUGGCAAUCAAGGGGUGUUCUGAUUCAAUUCAUUCUCUAAUAAAUUUCAUCACCUAUGUCGCAAACCAAGGAGACAUACCGAAGCCGCAUCAAGACACUAAAGGGAAAACCCCUGUGGCAAGUCGAGUAGAGCCCAUACAAAUACCACGAAAGCAAAACAUUGACAAUAACAACACGAAUCGAGAUGAUGGCAAUAUGCUGGAAAGCCUGGAUCCUGACGCCUUCAAACGCUGGGUGGCGCCAUCUCAGAUCAACGAUAGUGAUACCCUAAAGAUGGAUUAUGUGGAGGGGUAUUACACAUCAACUGGAAGAACCUCACGGAUUGCUGAAAACGGACCACCACAAAAGCCAUUGCGGAAACAUCGUGCACAGUCCAGACGGAAAAAGGAAGACCAAGUCCGUCUGCUUGUCGAGGAUAUGAACGAACUGUCUAUUGUGGAGAACUUUUACAGCACAAAUAGACGGGUAAAAGCGUCCAACAAACGACCUGUCGAUGUAACACGCUCCGUCUUUUCCGUACGAAUACGCAACUUUGAUGUAAUGUUGAAGCUUUACGACGCCCAUGAUGUGCAUUAUGCCAACGACCAGGUACCUAGAAGCAGCAAUAAUGACAACAACACCACCAAAGAAUCACUAUCAUGUCCAGGCUCGAUCGACACUGCCUCUGACAAUAGUACAAACACCACAAGCGACCUCGAUUUUACCCCUCAUUCCCCUACUUUCUCACUGUCAUCAGACCGCUCGGAUGAUGCAUUCAGCAAGCACGCCGCAGUACCAAAACCAGAUUCCAAGCGACGUCAAGGCGGGAAGCGCGAGAGUCGUCGACAUUUUGCUAGUAGAGGUGAUAUCGAAAUGCGUCUUGAUGGUCUGUCUUUGGAUCUAAAUUUGAUGCCACCCACCGACAACGUCAGCCUUUAUUUGCUCCUAAAAGUACGAGACUAUCAAAUAAUCGACAAUGUCAAAACGUCGUCAUGGCAUCAGUUCUUAGGAUAUAUGCGGCCUGAUUCGAACGAAUUGCCACGGGAACAGGGCUCUGUUAUGUUACGGUUCGAGGUUACGGGUGCGCGACCAGUAGCGGAUGAUCCUACGCAAGAGUUUAGAAUCAAAUUGAAGCUUUUACCAAUGCGAUUAUACGUGGAUCAAGACGCGCUCAACUUUUUGGUGAAGUUUUUCACUUUCGACAAGAACUUAUUGCGCUCUACAAAAUAUGCCAACGCGACGAUACAGCGUGAUGAUCAGAAAGAUGUCGCGAGUCCAGAAAUUUUCCUCCAGCACGUCGAAAUAAGUCCUAUUGUACUCAAGAUCGACUACAAGCCAAAGUACAUUAAUUAUGGGAGCAUUAAGGAAGGACAACUGGCCGAACUUGUAAAUCUAUUCCAUCUUCAUGGUGCUGAUAUUCAACUAAGCCAGAUUAAGAUGACGGGAAUCAAUGGUUUUACUCGGUUAGCAGAUAAGCUGGCGCAGGAGUGGCUCCCGCAUAUCAUGAACACGCAAGUGCCACACAUGGUUUCCGGCGUUUCACCCAUUCGCUCCAUUGUCAACGUCGGAAGUGGCAUGGCUGAUCUGGUACUACUGCCAAUCCAACAAUAUAGAAAGGAUGGGCGUAUCGUACGAGGUCUACAAAAAGGCACUCAAUCUUUUGCUCGAGCAACCGCCAUGGAAGCCAUUAAUCUUAGUGCGCGUUUUGCAUCGGGUGCGCAGGUGAUACUCGAACAAGCAGAUGAUUUUCUGUCACCGUCGCGGCGGCAUGAAUUCGUACCCAUAGAAUAUGACGCGGAUCUUCUUGACCAAGUGGAAGACGACGACGAUGGGUUCUUCUUUGCCAAUGCUGCUGUUGCUGCCGCUGCAGCCAACGAAUAUCAUCUCUACCAUCAUCAAAAGGGCGCUACAGCAAUGAGCAAGUUUGCAAAUCAACCGUCCGACCUAUCACAAGGGUUGCAAUACGCCUAUAAAAAUCUCAGUCUUAAUUUGGGAGCAGCGGCCCAAACGAUUCUGGCUGUGCCAACAGAAAUAAUUGAAAAUGGCGGUAUGGCGGGUAGUCCAGAGAGCACGUACUCAACCUCAUCGUCGUCGUCGUCGUCGUCGCCACCAUCAUCAUCUCAAGCCAAAGCUGUCAUCCGUGCUGUUCCCAUUGCAGUGAUAAAGCCCAUGAUCGGCUUGACAGGAGCUUUUCAGAGUAUCAUGGUGGGGCUUCGAAACAGCAUCGAUCCUGCUAUGCGACUUCAAAGCGAGGAUAAAUAUAAGCGUUAG